ACAAUGAGAUUGAGCUUGAAGUACCAGCUGUGUUAAAAAAUGGUAAAAGGAAAGUUGAUGAAGUAGACUUUGGGACAUGUACAACUAAGAAAAGACUUGUGAAUUCUGUUAAUAAGGCUAAAGAAAAUACUCAGGUAGUAAUUGUAAAAAAUAGUUCUCAAGUAAGUGAAAAUGCUGGGACUCAAGAACCUGAAGUAGUUGAAAUUAGUAGCAAUGAAGUAACUUCAUCUGGUCAGUGUAUAAUUGAAAACUCGGGUGAAAGUGGAGGAGUGGAUAUCUUGAAUGACAGUAAUAAUGACUCUGAUAGUUUUGAUGAAAUGCUAAGAAGUUACAUUAAAGAAAAAAACAUUACAGUAAUAAAUAUGGCUGAUGAAGGAAAUGAUAGAGAUGCUGAAGUAACUAUUGUUAACAAACGCACCAGGCAGUCCAGCAAGGAACACAAUGGAAAACAAGAUGUAAGAAAGAGAAGGCAUGGAACAGACAGUACAAAAAUUGUCAGUGAACGAGAUGAAAAGAAAAGAAAGCUUGUGGCUGAGUGCAAAGCAACAAUUCAGACAAUUGCCAACAAAUACAACUUGUCAGAGAGAUUUGUGUUACAGUUGCUCUUUCAGUGUAGUAAUGAUGUAAACAGAUCGGUAUCGUACAUAGAAUAUGGACCCCAUUCCCCCGAUUUGCCUCCCUGGACAGAGGCUGACGACAAGGCUCUUGAGAGAAACCCAAAGGCAGCUGGUCUUAUACGCAAGUUUGGAUUAGCAGAUGUGAUUGGCAGAUAUAAUUUUAUGAACUACAUUACAUAGAUUCUGUGAUGCUGCUUUAAACAAUGUUCUUGCAAAAAUUGCACAACUUAUCAUAUAUUUCUCUGGAGGUGUUUUUUG